AAGUGCAAAUUAUGAAUCUAAACUUACUCAGUCCGCCUUCUGGGGCUACCUCUAGUGAGAGGAGUCAACUCAGCUUCACUCAACACCCAGAAAAGAGGGGUGACAAAGAUCAAGAGAAUUGUCAUACAAAUUUCAACUUGGAUAUAGAAGAAGAGAAGGUGCCUCCUCUUUUGCAAGAAGAAUCAAUUCAUCUUAGUGAACUUGAAUACUCCAAUGACCAAAGCUCGCUUAGACAAGAGUACAAUGCAACUUUGAAAAGUCUCAACUCAAGAGUAAAGUCUUCGCAGAAUCUUUUCAAUAAGACAGUUAAUAUUAAGAGCAAAUAAGAGGUUGCUGGAGAUAGAAGAGAAACGUAAAUAAAAGGAAAAUGAGAAAUGCCCAGAGACAUUUUAGAGGUAGUAGUUUCGGCCAAGGAGGUUCUUCUAAUAAUAUCCCUGCACCAACCAAACAAACCGAUUGUAGGUCAAAUAGUUCUUUUACUGAGAAUAAUAGUAGGAAUACAAGUAUUGAGAAAUUUGCUCCUCCAAGUGUCGGGACCUUAAAAUCUAAAAUAAAUACAGCUGUUUCUAGCAAAACACAAAACCUACUGAAUCUGAAUGAUAGAAAAAUUGGGCCAGCUAUAGUUUCAGAUUUGAUCCAAUGAGUAUCUGACGUGAGCAAUGAAGAUUUACUAGAAUACAUUAUUGAUAUUGAGAAAGAGAAGCACAAACUACAAACAAAAUUUUCAGAAGAUUAUAAAACAAUGAAAAGACAAAUGAUCAGCACAAUAUCUGAGCUGGACCAAGUGAAAACAUCUUAUAGAAACCUUCUGGCAAAAUUUGGAGGAAAGCAAAUUCAAAUAAGAGGAUAUAAGCUUGCAUUAAAUAAUACGAACGAACUGCUUAAUGAAGUUAUUUAUCAGAUUGAAAAAUGUGAAUCUUUUGAGAACAUUCCUAUUAAAGGGUUUAUAGAUUCUAUUAAUAUUAAAAUCAUGAAAUUAUUGGAAAGUAGUACCAAAGAAUUACACACUUUAACUGAUAUUGAUCCUAAGAAGAGUUUGUCUGAGUGAGAUUUGAACCCGAAAGAUCCGAUAGAAGAUGCUUUUAAUCACCUUAGGUCACUUUUGACUUUCCAAACUGCUCUCAAAAGAUCAUAUGAAUAUAAAUUUAAUGGGAAGCAAUCAGAUUUAAACUCGAUGCAUUCUUUUGGAUCAAGUCAAAACUUUUCAAAUUUAUAUAACCCAAAUACAAAUUAUUCUGAAAAUACCCAAGAUCAUUUUAAUCCUUCUGAAAAAGUCUUAAAGGAAAGGAAAAAAUCUGAAAAAUCUUUAACCCAGAAUAGGGAUAGUAAGACUAGCUAUUAUCAAAUGCAUUCAUCCAAAAGUCACUCUCGGGAGAAAAAGAAAACCAGUACAAAAAUUUAUUCCCAACUGAUGACUGGCAGGAACUCUCGAGGAUAUAAAAUCUCUACUAAAAAUCUUGGUAAAAAGAAAAAGAGCACUCCAAGGCUGGAUUGAGUUCCAAAAUUAAAGAUGAAGGCCAGGAGAUCCUCUCCGUCGGUUCAUCAAAACAGAAGGUGUAUAAGAGUCAUUCCAUCGAAAGGCUCAUAUAAGCUGUUGUUUAGCUAUACUAAAAUCUAUGCUAUAUUAAAACUAAGCUAAUGUUUCGUUUAUUCUUUGAAG